AUGAAGCCAUUCCUGGCAUCUAUGCCCCUUGUGGCCUUCUGGGCCAGCCAAGCCUUCGCAGCUGCCUUCCCUACGACAACGGAUCUGGAGCCUCGCGAUACCGCGGAUGUAGCUUGCGAAAACGGACCUUUAAGCCGCGCGUGUUGGAGUGACGGCUAUUCCAUCGCCACCGACUUCGACCGGAAUUCCCAUCUACAGGCAAGACUGUCAGCUACAACCUGGAGAUCACUAACGGAACAUGCAACCCAGAUGGUACGUCAAAGCGAAGGGCGGAAGCGUUGUGUUCAUGUCGGAGACAUCUGCUUACCCCAUGCGCCUCACUCUAGGCCACGCCGAGCGGUUGUGCUUCCUGAUCAACGGCGUGUAUCCUGGACCGACAAUCAGGGCCAACUGGGGUGAUUACCUUGUCAUCAACGUCACAAACAGCAUGCAGGACAACGGCACAUCGAUACACUGGCACAGUGUCCGUCAAUACCACACUCCUGGAGCCGACGGAGUGGGCGGUCUUACGCGAUUGCGCCCAGGUACUUCGCGCGUCCACGCAUUCAACGUCACCCAAUUCGGCACAUCAUGGGUAAGUUCCGUUGACAGUGCAAACCACAUAACUUGUGCUAAGAUUCCUCCAGUACCACGCACACUACAGCUCUCAGUAUGGUGACGGCGACGUCGGCACUAUAAUCUUUGAUGGGCCAGCCUCCGGCAACUACGAUGAGGACCUAGGGGUGUACACGUUGAGCGAGUGGUACUACCAAACUGCAUUCCAGAUCAAUGCUCUCACGAACGUAAACCUGCAGAACAAGGCACCGCCGCCAAAUGCUGACAACAUGUACGCAAUUUUCUACGUGACAUCACCUAAUGGACGCGGCUAACCGUACCUAGGCUCAUCAACGGCACAAACAAGGAUGCGGAUGGAAACGGGAACUACGGUCAGGUCACCGUGGAGAGCGACAAGAAGUACCGCCUGCGUCUUGUCAACAUUAAUGUCGACAAUUACAUUCAGGUCUCCUUGGACAACCACCCGUUCGAGGUCAUUGCCGCCGACUUCGUCCCUAUCCAGCCCUUCUCCGCCGAGUGGCUGAUUAUGGGCAUUGGCUAACGCUAUGAUGUUAUCAUCACUACCAACCAGACCGCCGGUAACUACUGGUUCCGCAGCAACGUCUCGUCGGACUGCCAGAGCGGCAGCAACUUCUACGGCCGUGCCAUCUGGUCGUACUCGAACGUGACCUCGAGCACACCACAAAGCACCGCGUAAGUGCCACAGAGCACAAUACGAAAACACGAUCAACUGACAUCUUGCAGCUUCACUGAGCCCACCACCUGCGACCCAUCAGGACCAUUGACACCCUACUGGGAUCAAUCUGUCCCCAGCAGCGAAUUCGAAUCUCAACUCAACAACAUGGGCGUCAACCUGACUCAAGCCGUCGUUGUCGCCGACACCUCCGCCAUCGUAGUCUGGAGUCUCAACGCCUCCAUCGCCGUUAGCUGGCAAAACUCUACCCUAUCCUACGUCAUGAACGGCAACACGUCCUACCCCAAGGAGCUCGAUCUCGUCGAGACAACAGCCGUAGGCGGGUGGAACUACUGGCUCCUCCAGCAAGCGACCGAUAACCCCUCCCUCCCUCAUCCUAUCCAUUUACACAGGCCUGACUUCUUCGUCCUCGGCUACGGAAGCAGUGCCCACAACAGCAGCACCGCCAAUCUCAACUUCGACAACCCGACCCGACGAGACACCGCUUCCAUCCCCGGCGGCGGCGGCUGGCUCGCUGUGGCGUUCCAAUCCAACAAUGCCGGUUCCUGGCUCAUGCACUGCUAUAUUACCUGGCAUGUGAGCGAAGAUCUCGGCAUGCAGUUUCUGGAAUCUCCCGACUAG